AUGGUAUCCCGCUAGCUAGGUUUAUUCUAUCACUUCAAAUAGGCAUAGUUUGUGUCAGAAUAGUUCUUUCUGGCCUUUGUAAGAAUUUAAAGGUUGCCGCAGGAUCUUUCUGAUAGAAAAAGGACUGCCUAGAUAUUGCAAUAUGAACUCGGUGAUGAUAUUUCUGUUCUUUUAAACGAUUUUAUUCUUACUGCCUGAAAUCUGUUUUACUUGAAACUUCCAUUUGAUCUUAUAGUCUGAUCAGCAAGCGAAUUUUACGGAAAUCGGUCGAUUGGUUACCGUAGCUAAACAUUUGAGAUCGCCGCUCUUGCAGCUUUAGCAGAUGCGAAAACGCCAUUAACCAAUAAUUUCAAGCUAGAUUGUCUUGAUCUCCUGGCUAAAUUUACACAUGAAUCGUGUAAAAACGUAAUCAGUUAUGUUUUAAUCGGAUUUCCUAGUUCAAAGUUUCUGAAUUUUCCAACUGUAAUCGGGGCCUUUUUUAUGGAUCGCUUGAACAUUCGCCGCAAAGCACCAGUUUCCCAACUAUGGAGCUUCUUAACAUCAAAGUGUGACUGGUCGUACACCUUAAAACAGUGUGAAUUAUUAUUUCUGAACUCAGAGUGGAUAUUUGCUCUUUAGUGCAUCAGACUGGCCAGCCGCCCAGACAUAAGAAAUGGAUUUCGGGAGAAGAAUUAUUCCCUUCGCAACUUUACCGGGGCCCUUGGGAUAUCGGUGGUUAAUCUUCGCUAAUACCUUCUUUAUACUCGGGUUCACAGCCUAUUCAACGGACGCCCGGACCGAUUGUGCGGAAUCGGAUUUUCAGGAGUGCCUAAAAGAAUUUGAUACCAUAAUAAGUCAUCAAGAGCUGGGAUUUGCUGCCUCGGAAAAAGAGCUCAACCAAGCCUGCAGGCAUUUGAAAGAAGGAGUGAACUGCAUUGAUGGAUUUGUUAAGCGUUGCACAAAAGAUAAAACCCAGUUAGAAACUUUGACCGUUUCCGUCAAAGGAGCCUUUGAUAUUUUGGAAUUAUUGUGUGAAAAUACGUAUCAUCGCAACCAGUAUCUCAAACAUGCCGAGUGUUACCGGCAAAUCGCCAGCGAAAUCGAGGAAUGCAUGCAUCCCAUGCGGACAAUGGGGCUGCGGCAGCAACACCGGGAACAAUACACUAAAAGCAAAUUAGACCAUAUGGUUUGUUGUGCGUAUCACAAUGCAACGGAAUGCAUUCACCGGGUGUCAACUAAACGCUGCAGUGACCGUGCAGCCACCUUCCUAAAAAACUACACUGACCGCGCCGCCUAUCCCAUCACGCAACAGUGCCGGACAUUCAAUAACACGCUUUGCUCAAAACCCUCCAGCUCGCCUGGUCUGCUUCCAUUAUCAUGGCUCGUUGUACUGCCCUUUGUGGUCUAUAUCAUUUAAUCAGCUGUAUGUCUUCCCAAAUGCAACUCGGUUAUGCAAUCACUACUCGACAAUCCAGGGGAAAAAUCCAAUUUUCCUACAUUUUGCGGCCCAUGUAUAUUUUCGUGUCAAUUUGACCAACAAGGGCAACAUCGCUUAAACCAACAUUGCCGCAACCGACACACACUCACAUACACACAAUCCGUAUUCAUUAUUAUCCAUAUAUAAAAUCACCGUGUCUGUGUGAAGGGAAUAAAUGCCUACGUCUGGAACGUUUUUGACAGUGCACAGCCAGCUCAAUUGUCGGUCUGGCAGUAUCAAGAAUCCAAACAUCAUUAACUUGCCAGUCAGUCCCACGCAGCCAUUUACCACCAUAUACUGCAACUCGCCGAACGACGGGACAAAAUGGACUGUGCCGAGGCGGAUUCCCGUAGUGCAACAUUUGCACACCUAUUCAAACAACUAAGUGGCUCAUGUGUCGCCCCAAAAGAAGAAAGCUCCCAUGGUAAACGUCAUUCAUCUUCCAGAAAUCUUAUGACUUCCACUGAACCCGACAUGCCUAAUCAAACCCAGUGAUAAUUUCGUCCACAGCGCGCAUGCAUGGAAAGCUUACAGCGGUCUACUGUACAUGCAGCAGUGUAGCGCGCUUACAAUUAGCGACGACUGUGGUGUAAUGGAUCCAAAUCGCAGCGAAAUUAAGCAACGGCUGUAUCGUCUGUCAAGAAUAGCAGUAUUUUGUUCCAUUUUCCAGACCUUCCUACGUACAACAAGAAGAGAAGAUAAACGACAUGAACGAUACAUUUACACAAUUUUUCGCCGCUGCCGCACUAAUACCAUCCCGCAAGAAAAGCAGUUGUGCUAAUGAUCAAAAGAAACUUCCUCGCCAGCGGAUGCGACAGAUCAUUUCCGGUGUUUUUUAAUUUCGCCGUCUUGGACUUCUCGUUCGGUACGGUCUUGAUGCUGAACGUCUUGGGUGAUGGCGCAUUGGCGCUGGCCGCCGCGGUACUGUCGGCUGGGUCAGCAUUCGCCGUGGGAGCCACACCCGGAAGCGGUAAACCCGCGGGACCGGCCGCCAAGAUUGUCGGCGCAUCAUCUUCAGCCGUCUGGUUGACUUUCACGGAACUACCCUCUCCAUCCGGGACCAGAAGCGGCCGGGAUAAUACGGUGGUGUCGGUAGCCGCGGGCGCUGCAUCAGCAUGCGACGCCGCUGAAGGAACGGUGUUGGUCAACUGCGCCUGCUGCUGCACGCUGGAACGGGUGCCCGUGGCGGCUGCGCCCGUAAAUAGUGUUUCCAUAUUGUUACUGCUGGCGCCCUGCAUCGUGCUGAAGGGCGGCGGGGAUGAAGCGAUAAUUGCAUCAUCUACACUGCUGCUACUCGUCCCCGCAUCCGGCUGGGUCAUAUUGGGCAGGGAGAUGAGAUUGUGCCGGUUGGAUAGGGGAUCCUCAAGGCCCAAAUCACGGCCGCACUGAGCUUGAUAUUCAAAACACUGUUGAAAAAGACAAAUCAAAGCGUUGUUCUUCGUUACUGCUCUUUUCUCUUCUCCAGUUGUUGUUGACUGGUUGUACAAAUUAAAUUAUAUAAAUUUAGGUUACGACGUGCGGUAUAUAACUUACAAGGAAAAAGCAAGAGUGCAGAUAUAAUUGUUACCUGGCGUGCUAUCCAGUCUUGAAGUGUGGAUUUCAUCAUUUUAUAAAGAAACUUUUUCACAAAAUCCGCCGAUGAUGGGUGGCACUU